GGCAGCUGGUGGUACGCCUUGCGUUUCCGCUGCCACAGAGAAAGGCCACCGCGUGCUCGAGGUUUCGUCAACCAGUGCUCAGCCCCGAGGCCGGCGUGGCGUCGCCACCGCCGGUGCGCGCUCGUUGCCAUCCAUGAGUGCGCGACUUCUUGAAUCACCGCCCGCCGAGACUCGAGGGCACGCAGAGCGCCGCAGGCGGCUGAUGUGACGGUCCUAGAGACUCAAGACGCGGGAACGCCAUGUCACGGCCUGCGAACAACGAGUUCAAGUACAAGGCUCCCGAGCGUGAAAACCCUUUGAGCCUGCAGUGCCCGGCAUGCCUGGAGAAGCUUCAGGACCCAAGGAUACUUCCUUGUUUGCACACCCUGUGUAGGCGUUGCAUAGAAAGGCUCGCGAGGUAUCACAGGCGUUUAUUAUCCUCGAGAGUGAACAGUGCGAGAGACGUUCCGACUCGAGCUUCUUGUACCCGCGGCACACCUACGAUCGUGCUCUCAGCUGCCUCAAGUUGCAAGAUGCAUGAAUCCGCACACUGCCAGAUAGACAGUUCUGUCGAAGAAGGGGCGGACGGUGUAAUCGUUUGUCCUGCCUGCCAGAAUGAAUGCGCCGUGACGGCGACAGGAAACGAGUUCCCUGCAAAUGUUCUAGUCAGACGGUUCCUGCGCUCUGCUCCUGGCCUACUUGGCAGCUGGCAGCGCGGUGCGCUAAAACAAUCCGCGUCCCAAGGCAAGCGUUCCUCGCUCUGUGACCUGUGCGCCAAGGGCAGAGCCGCCGUGAACAGGUGCAUCGGGUGCGUGCUGUCGUGCUGCACUAGGAUGCGCCGACGUGAUAGCAGCGAGAAUCCGCGCGGACGGUCAGCCGCGCGCAAGAUGCGCCAUGCAGACAGCCAGACCAUGCAGUCAACGGCUUCACUGGGACCUCAGACUUGUUCGAAACACCCGGCGAACCAGAUAGACACUUUCUGUCUAUCAUGCCACAAGGCCAUCUGCUCAUCGUGCUUGAUUAAAGACCACCGUAAUCACGUCAGCAGCGAGUUAAGCGCAGCCCAAGAAAAGGAACUCAAGAGGACAGGUCUGCUUCUCACCAGGCUGCACUUGAAGAUGUCUAAUCUUGAAGACUCGGCAAAUGGAACCUUAAAGAAGAGUCAGGCUCUGUGCCGCAACGCUACCGAUGUGACACGCGAGGUGAACAACUUCUACGACGGAUAUGUAAGCGCUCUGGAAUCUCGCAGGCGCGAGCUGCUGGAUGAAAUCGCGCGCUUCCAGAAAGAGCACCAACAGACACUGCUCGAUCGUAGCAGCACCCUGGAGGCCGCCCUUGUGCGGGCCAAAAGCGUGCACGAGUUCGGUAAGACGCUGCUCCAUUUCGGGCCUAAGAUGCCAGAGGUAGUGCUGCCACUCGUAGAAGUGCUGGACAAAGCUGCUCGGCCCAUCGUCGUGAUGGAUGACAAAGAAGACAUUUCGGCGUAUCAGCCGCUCUCCCUCAGGUUCAGAAAGGACAGAGAGGACCACAGGGAAGGGUACCUGGUGUACGGUGCGGUGUCCAGCCAAGCUGAUCCAUCGAUGGUGUCAGCAGUGCUGUCUUUCGAAAGUGCCACAGACUGUCAACAGCUUGGUUCUUUGAAAGUCGCGCGCUUGAAGUUCCAGGACCCCUCUGGACACCCGAUUGACGUGGAACCAGAACAAGUUCGGGCAAUGCUUAUUUCAUCCAAGUCCGCAAGGAAAACUGCAGCAGAAGUUACACGCGCCGAGGACGAUCCUUUGCAGCUGAGGCUGAAGUUCGAGACGAGGAAUGCCGGCACACACGCACUCGCAGUCACUCUGGACGACCAGCCCCUUCUGGGUAGUCCAUUUCUGUUCAGGGUGAAGUCGCGAAGGCCGCGGUGUGAGGGGAGAUGUCCUGCUGUCCCUUCACCGGAGAUGAGUUCUGCUCGUCGUGUAAGCGAAAGUUUGCUGUCUCAGAGCCUGCGCAAACGUCAAUGCAUUCCAGACGACCGCGAAACAAAUGUUCCGCUGGAACAGGCACCCUGGGACAGCUCAUCCAAGCAUUUUCUACGGUGUAACCUCAACGGCAGUGACAUCAUGACUGACGCUUCGUUAAGAUCAUCGCGCUUGUAUCAAUUCACUACGUGACCUCAGGAUCCCAAAUUGUCACCAACUCUACGACGACUUGGAAGUAUACGA